AUGUCGAACCGUGUGCCGCACGAGCCGGUGGUCUCGCGGCUCUCCGGGUGCCUCUACGAGCGCUCGUUGAUCGAGCAGUACGUCGCCGAGCACGGCAGGUGCCCCGUCACCGGCGAGCCGCUGCGGAAGGAGGACCUCAUCGCGGUUCGGCUGACGGCGUUGAAGCCGGCAGCGGCAGCGGCUGCAGCAGCGGGCGGGGGCGGUGCACCGUCGCCCUGCGGCGAGACGGUUCCGGGCCUGCUGGCGAAGCUGCACUCCCAGUGGGACGCCAUCAUGCUCGAGCAGUUUUCGCUGCGGCAGCAGCUCGCCCAGACGCAGCAGGAGCUGGCGCAGGCGCUUCACCAGUACGAGUCCGCCUGUCGCGUGAUUGCAACGUUCAUCAAGGACCGGGACGCGGCGGGCGGGGCGUCGCGAGAGGGCAGCGAGAACAGCAACAAAAACAAAAACAGCAGCAACAACGGCAACAGCGGCGGCGGGGCGGGGUCGACGCUGCUGGACGCCGCGUUGAGGGAGUUGGGCGAGUACGACGCCCUUCAGCGCGUGCGGCGGAAGACGCGGGUGGCACCGCCGUCGCUGGCCUCCGCCCAAAGCGUGCGGGACUUCGUUGAGGACGGCUCCAUCGAGGUCGGGAGGAGCGUGUGGGCCGCCGCCUUCGCCGCGGACAACACCGUCUUCGUCGGCGCCGACGACGCGACGGUGGCGCAGUACGACGCGUCAAACGGCCGCGUGUGUGCGACGGGCCUCGGGCACGAGCGGGCCGUGCGCUACGUUGUCCCGUACGACGCCGGCGGCGCCCUCCGUGUCGUGUCGGCGUCCGACGACGCCACGCUGCGCGUGUGGAGCUGCGAGGCGGGGGCGCUGCUCUGCCAGGGCGUCGUGCGCCAGCACGAGGACGGCGUCGUGGGCCUUGGGGGAGUCAUGGCGGGCCACCUGCUCCUCUCCGCGAGCGCGGCCCGCAUCGGGCUUGCCGACGUGGAUCGCAUGGAGUCCGUCGCGACCACCACGGCGGCGGCGGAGGAGCUUGCCGCCUUCACGUGUCUGGGGGUCCACCCCUACGGCUCCCUCGCGGCGCUUGGAGUAGACGGCGGGGGGCUCUGCAUCUGGAACACGCGGCAGAUGUGCGUCGACUCCCUGGUCUCGCUGAGCGGCGAGGGCGGCGUCUGCAGCGUGGCGUUUAGCGCGGACUGCUUCACCGUGGCGACGGGGCUGCGCGGCGGCAAGGCGCUCGUGUGGGACCUGCGGAAGAUGUCUGCGCCGCUGCACACCGUUGCGCCGGCCUCCUCCGCCCCCCGCGCCGAAGUCCCCGUCGUCGCCUUCGACGGCAGCGGCACGUACCUCGCGGUGGCGGCGAGCGACGUCCGCCUCUUCGACCGGGACGACGCGGCGCUGCGGGGCCUGGCGACGCUCAGCGCGCACCUGCAGCCCGUCACCGCGGUCUGCUGGGGCGCGGACGCGCGGAGCCUCGUCAGCUGCUCGACCGACGGGACGGUGAAGUUGUACGGCGCGGCGUGA